UCCUGGGACAUGGGGGAUCCUGGGAUAUGGGACAUCCUGGGAUAUGGGGGAUCCUGGGAUAUGGGGGAUCCUGGGAUAUGGGACAUCCUGGUGUUAUGGGGGGUCUUGGGGACUCAGGAUAUCCCGGGGCCAUGGGAAGGGGCACCCUGGGGACAGGGGACACCCUGGGGACAGGGUCCCCGCCUCGGGGCCCCCUCCUCCCAAAUCCCCCUUCCCCUCCCUGUCCCAGCCGUUCUGUCCCCCCCAGUCUCCCCCCUGUCCCCUCCAGUCCUGGCUGUCUCCCCAUGUCCCCUGUGCCCGGUCCCAACUGUCCCCUGUCCCUCUGCGUAUCCCUGUCCCUGUCGCCACGCGUGUCCCCAGGCGUUGUCCCUGUCCCCACGUCCCUGUCCCCAUGUCCCUGUCCCUGUCCCUGUGUCCCUGUCCCUGUCCCCAUGUCCCUGUGCUCACGUUCCUGUCCCUGUCGCCACGCGUGUCCCCAGGCGUUGUCCCUGUCCCCAUGUCCCUGUCCCCUGUCCCUGUCCCCACGUUCCUGUCCCUGUCCCUGUGCCCACGUCCCUGUCCCUGUCCCCACGCGUGUCCCCAGGCGCUGUCGCUGUGUCCCUGUCCCUGUCCCCACGCGUGUCCCCAGGCGCUGUUCCUGUCUCUGUCCCCACGUCCCUGUCCCCACGUCCCUGUCCCUGUCCCCACGCGUGUCCCUGUCCCUGUGCCCAUGUCCCUGUCCCUGUCCCCACGUCCCUGUCCCUGUCCCCACGCGUGUCGCUGUCCCUGUCCCCACGCGUGUCCCCAGACGCUGUCCCUGUCCCCACGCGUGUCGCUGUCCCUGUCCCUGUGCCCAUGUCCCUGUCCCCACGCGUGUCCCUGUCCCUGUCCCCAUGUCCGUGUCCCCACGCGUGUCCCUGUCCGUGUCCCCACGCGUGUCCCCAUGUCCGUGUCCCCACGCGUGUCCCCAGGCGCUGUCGCUGCAGCCCGACCGUUUCUUCUGCCGGCGGCUGGAGGAGCUCACGGGGCUGGCGGUGACCCCGGGGAGCCACUUCGGGCACGGGGGGGGCUCCCACCUGGGGCUGUCGCUGCUGCUGCCGCCGGAGAGGCUGGAGCGGGUCCUGCAGCUCCUCGUGCGCUUCCACGCCCAAUUCCUGCGGGAAUUCUCCUGAGGGAGGCUGGAAUUUCCUGAGGGAGGCGGGAAUCCUGAGAGAUCCGGAUCCCGCAGCUCCUCCCCACGCGGGAAUUCUCCCGCGGGAUCCGCGCCGGGAGCGCCCCCGGGAGCAGGCAGGGAUGGGCAGGGACCAUGGGCGGGUCUGGCAUUCCCGGCAUUCCCGGGAUUUUCGGAUGGAUCAGCCAGGGGAGGCUCCGCCCUGGAUUUGGGAGCCUCUCCCGGUGGAAUUCCCGGUGGAUCUUCCUUCAGGAUCCACCAUUCCCAACCCAAUCCCGGUUCCUGUGCUGUGACU